CCCAAACAGUAAUAAUAAUAAUAAUAAUAAUAGGAUACCUAAAUGAGAGUGGUGGUGGUGGAAGUGGGGGUAGGGGAUUGAGACGGGAAGGUCCUGAUAUCUGCGGAAGCGGAAACCGUUGCUUCGUGUCGCCUGCUGGAAGAUUCCUGAAUAUCUCUGCUACCUGGAUCUGGUUUCUCCCUCACUGACACCAUCCAGUAAAGACAGGAGGCAGAGAGAACAUCAGGAUGAAAGGUCACUGAUCUACAAUCUGCAAAGCAAGCCAUUAAACCCAACACUUCAACAACAGAGGCUGAAUUAAAACAAGCAGAGUUGGCUGCAUUCUUCACCUCCACUGGACAACAUGACGUCUUCAAUGCUUCGAAGACAGCUGAAGAACCUGGUCCAGAAUUACUCUGAGGCUGAGGUUAAGGUCAGAGAAGCAACGUCCAAUGAUCCAUGGGGUCCGUCCAGCUCUCAGAUGGCUGACAUCUCUGAUCUUACCUACAAUGCAGUGGCUUGCAAUGAGAUCAUGACAAUGCUGUGGAAACGGCUGAAGGAUGACAAGAACUGGAGACACAUCCAUAAGUCUCUGACUCUAUUGGAGUACCUCCUGAAGACAGGUGAUGAUCGCGUGAUGCUGAAAAUGAAAGAGAACAUCUACAUCGUCAAAGCUCUAACAGAGUAUCGCUUUGUGGAAAAGGAUGGCAAGGAUCAGGGCCUGAACGUAAGAGAGAAGGCCAAGGUUGUUCUUGUUCUUAUGGAGGAUGAUGAAAAACUAAAGGCAGAAAGAGAAUUUGCAGUGAAGACCAGAGAAAAGACAUCCAAAGAUUCUGCUGCAUCAUCCACAGACAAAGUCAAGGACCCCAACUACAAACCUGUCUAUGUUCCUGGAGCUUCAGGGCUUCCUAACUUAGACAACAUUCCAUCUGUGGCUGACUUGACUGCUUCUUUCGCUGCCCGCAAAGAGGAGCGGCUUCGACAAGAAGCAGAGAAGAAGGAGGCUGAGAGACGGGCCAAGAUGAGCGAAGAUGAGCUUAAAUGGGAGGAUGCUGCAAAAGCUGAUAAGUUAAAAAGUGAUGCAUGGGGCGGGGAGAAAGAAGAGGAGGUGAAAACAGAUCCUUGGGGAGCUUCAAAAGAACCUAGUACUGAUCCUUGGGGUGCUCCAGUAAAACCCGAAGAUCCAUUUGUUGCUGAAAAAACUGAUGAGGAUCCAUUCAAAGCCCCAAAAGACAAAGAGGAUCCAUUCACUGACCCUAAAGAUAAACCAGAUCCCUUCAGUUCUUCCAAUGGGGAUCCAUUUGUUGCUCCAAAGGAGGAUCCAUUUGUUGCUCCAAAGGACGAUCCAUUUAAUGCUUCAAAAGAGGAUCCAUUCAUUGCUCCAAAGGACGAUCCAUUUAAUGCUUCAAAAGAGGAUCCAUUUAUUGCCCCAAAGGAUGAUCCAUUUGUUGCUCCAAAGGACGAUCCAUUUAGUGCCCCAAAGGACGAUCCAUUUGUUGCUCCAAAGGACGAUCCAUUUAUUGCUCCAAAGGACGAUCCAUUUGUUGCUCCAAAGGACGAUCCAUUUAGUUCUGCAAAGAGUGAUCCAUUUGGUCCAAAGGACGACCCAUUUGUUGCUCCAAUUGACGAUCCUUUUCUUACUUCAAAGGACGAUCCUUUUAAUUCUCCGAAAGACGAUCCUUUUAAUUCUCCGAAAGACGAUCCAUUUAAAGCUCCUAAGGAUGAUCCAUUUAAUGCUCCAAAAAAUGAUCAAUUUAGUGCUUCAAAACAAAAUUUAAAAGAUGAUCCAUUUGAUGUUCCCAAGAAUGAUUCAUUUGAAGACUCAAAAGGUCAUCCAUUCACAACAACAAAAGGUGAUCCUUUCUGUGCCUCAGCCAAUGAUCCUUUCACUGCUUCACUAUCUUCACCUCCAAAAGAAGAACCAUUAGCAGAGCCAAUGAUGUCUAAAGCCGACUCAUUCACUGGCAACACAACACCACCUAAAGCAGCGUUUUCAUCACCGACUAAUUCUGUUCAAAACGAUCCUUUUGCAUCACCAACAACACCAAAUAAAGAGGACCUUUUUUCUACAACAGAUACAAAAGAUGCCCCCAUUACAGCUUCAUCAGCACCAUCAAAGGAGGAUCCAUUUACAGUGCCAUGUAGUCCACCAAUAGAAGCUGCUUCAGACCCCUUCAGUGCCCCUAUUUUGGGAUCCCCCCAAGAAACUGUAGAUACAUGGGGAGCUCAGACCAGUUCUCCACCUGCCACAGGCUCUGAUGCUUGGGGGGAACCAAGUGUUUCAAAGGAAUCAAAGGGUGGCGAUCCCUGGGGGGGCGGCCCUAGUGUCUCAUUAUCACUUGGUGAUUCAGACCCAUUUGCAGAUCCAUCCAAACCAGAUGAUGACCCAUGGGGAGCUCCAGCUUCAGCUCCAGUAGCAUCAGAUGAUGCAUGGGGAACACCUGCUCCCCCUUCAGACUCCUCCCCAUCCAGUGACCCAUUUGGAGACGGGACAUCUAAAAACAACGAUCCUUGGGGUGCACCGAGCAACACAGGUGGCAAUGGUACAGGUAAGAAAACCACAAAAGAAGAAGAGUUUCGAAGAAAGACUGCUUCAUUUUUGGGCUCUACGGGGGCAUCACUGGUGGACUUAGAUAAUCUGUUCACUCUGAACCCCCAACCCAAACAACAGCCUCUCCCCAACAUGCUCACUGCUCGAAUACAAGCCAUCGGUAAGGUCAGACAAAAGCCAGAGCUCUGGAUCACAAACACUCUUAGAGACUCAGCCUUUGCACGGAUUACUUGCAGAUCACUUGAUUAUAAAGAAGACGUAAUUCAUUUAACUGGGAACCAAAACAUUUUGUUUCUGUUUAGAGAAUGGAGCUGAGAUUGUGUGACUAACAGUUAUCAAUGUGUUUAUAUGGGAACGAUUCUGAUCAUUUUGUACCAACCCACCCCUUCUAUGUGGUCUUGCUGUUGCAUAUAGAUGUAGGCUAUGUAACAUAAUAUGUGUGUUAGAGUCCUUCUGUAAAGUCACCCUCUAUAGGAAGUAGCAUUCAGUAACUUACCAACAUGUUUUCAUCCCUCUCCCUGCUCUGCUUUGGUGCACUUUCUCUUGGCUGGAAUGUUUCGAACCCUCCCCGCUCCCCCCGCCUUCUCUUAUCACUUACACUCCUUUCCCAGGCACAUUCAAAGACAUGACAUCUGGUCCCUUGGUCGGAUCAGGGGCUUUGGCUCAAACUUUAGCCCCAAACUAUAAUCCGUUUGGUUGGAGUUCAGCACCGACUGAUGGUGCAGUUCAUCCUGCUGUCGGAGCCGCAGGUCGCUCUGAUGAAACUCUCUGGUUUAUGGAGCCCAUGCAUUCUCGGGGAAUGCCUUGUUCUUCUCUGGAUAUUCUGCAUGCAGCUCAGGACGCUCCAAAAUCCGGAACAGAGCCGCCUGCCAUGCAAAGGGGAGUGGGAAUGUUGGGUUCUGAAUAUACGGUGGGGAAUAUCAUGGGAACAGGAGAUGCUCCAGCUAGUUUGUUUGGAGCAAAUGCAGCAGAUGUAAAUCCAUUUUUAAGUGUUUCGCCACAGACAAGAAACGAAGACAUCAUAUGCAGUGAUUCAAAUAAAACAAUCACCAACAGCACCAAUCCAUUUCUGAUUUAACAGUUUACCGAUUCUUCCACUGAGUCAAACUUUAUUCCUAUUAAAGAUCAGGAACAGUCACUUAAACGGCCACUACAAUUUGAUUGACAGGUCAUGACAUCCAGCUUUUAUUUUCAUAACAAUUCAUAGAUGUUGUGUUUAAGGCCUGUUUCCAUCUGUGCCUGAAAAUGAUCUUAAUGGUUCAACAUGAACAAUGUUCAGGUUCUCCUUAUGAAUUGAGAAAUAAUCCUUCAUUUAAAUCAUAUUUAACGUUAUUUGAUUUCCUUUCAAUGUCAAAAAUGUAAAACCUGUGUAUUUCAGCUGAUUAUCAAAAAAAUAACGAGCAUAUUAUUUCUUUAAAUUGACAAGAAUGACAUUAAUAUUUAUAGGAUUUCUGAGUCUGAGAAAGAAAACUUUUCAGUUUGUUUGGGGAAACAUCUAUGUGAUUCCAUUGUCAAAAGAAAUAUAUUUGUUUUCUUUAAGUGUGCUCCGACCUGGUGUGUGUGUGGGUGCGUGUGUGGGUGGGUUAGUGGGUGGGGGGGAGUAUAUAGUUCUAUAUCAAUAUAUAUUGUGCUGAUGUAAAUAAUGAUAGUGGAUGUAAUUACUCCUAAACCUUGAAAUAUACUGUAAAUCAAAGUGUUACAAUCAAGAUGAAGUAUUUAUGGAUCUAAUUAUUAAUUUAAGCUUCAUCAGUUACAGUUGCAAGUGAGUGGCCUCCAACAAAAAACAAAUCAGGUGAACUGAUGACAGUUUGCUGGUUCAAAAUCCAGUUUUCUGACUGUGGCUUCAUCCUGUUUCCUAUGCUGUAUAGUGGAACAUGCCUGCUCUGUAUGUCCCAACAGUAGAGGAAUAAUGAUCGCUUCGGUUUCUUAAUUAAAAGCUGAAUUUGAUCCUAUUGCUUUCUGUUACAUGCAUGAACUCUGAGCACAACAUCCUAUCAUAGAUAAAUAUAUUUACGUGUGUGUAAGAGUGAGUUUUGCCUUUUCAUUAUUAGUGUGUGAGUGAAAAAGUAUGUAAUUAAAACAUGUUUAAAGUGAUCUCAGUUUAUGAAGUUGAGGCCAGCGACAUGGAGCUGCUUUAACCUCUGAUGUGGGAACAGUAGAAGGGGAGAGGACUGAGUGCUUAAAGCUUCAGCUGAACUGAGCCAUGCUGGUAGCAGAUUAUUAUUUAUUUCAACUGCACUAUUAUAGUCUGAAGAAAAUUUAGAUAGAACGAAAUCUGGUGGAUGUUCUCUUGAUCUUCUCUCAGUCAUCCUAAAUACGUGAAGGUUUGUAAACCCUUGACAUCAUGGUGAAGAUGUUUGAGCUGUUCUCACUGAGCCUCAAACAGCACAGAGAAAAAAAGUCCAACCUCUGUUCAAACUUGGGAUUUUUGGCUGCGUGGUCGUUAGUCUUUGGGAUUUUUACAUUUUAUUUUGUAUGAAAUCUAUUUAUUUUGCUGUGUAUUUACUUUUAAAACUGUGAUGUAAACUGUGACAGUGUACAGUAAAUUGGAGAAAUAAAUGGUUUAUGUUGCCUCUAA